AUGGAGCCUUCAAGCAAGCUCCACCGAGCACACGUACUAGUCCUCCCCUUCCCCGGCCAAGGCCACAUCAACCCCAUGCUCCAAUUCUCCAAGCGCCUCGUCUCUAAAGGCCUCAAGGCCACCCUCGCCCUCACUGUCCAUGUCGCCAAAUCCAUGCACGCCCACCCCUCCUCGUCCAUCACCCUCGAGACCAUCUCCGACGGCCACGACCUCGGCGGCCUCGCUGAGGCCGAGUCCAUCCAGGCCUACCUGACGUGCUUCCAGGCCGUCGGGUCGAGGGGCCUGGCCGAGCUGAUCCAUAAGCUCGACUGCUGCUCCGGCCGACCGGUCGAUGCGAUCAUCUACGACGGGUUCCUCCCGUGGGUGCUUGACGUGGCCAAGCAGCGCGAAAAGGUCGGAGUGGUUUUCUUCACGCAGACAUGCGCGGUCAACAACAUAUAUUACCAUGUGCAGCGCGGCUUGCUCCCGCUUCCUCUCUCGGGGGACAUCGUCAAGGUCCCGGGGCUGCCGCCUCUGGAGCCGCCGGAGACGCCAUCGUUUGUAUGCAAGCUGGGGACGUACCCUGCCUCUUACGAUCUGGUGAUCAACCAAUUCAUCAACGUGGAUGAAGCUGAUUUUGUGCUCUGUGACACCUUCUACGAGCUGGAGAAAGAGGUAUACCUACAUUCUUAUGCUGCCGCCUUCUCAUCAUCAUAG